AUGCCAGCACUGCCUGAGCUGUUCGGUUUGGCUAAUCGACGACGCUGUAUUAGUUCACUAAAUCAACUCAAAACGUUUUCCCGAAGUAAUAGCGCAGUAGAAUUUCAAUCUGCUGUUGUUGUUCCGCUCGUUUCUUAUGAUGGCGUACCUUCAAUUCUUUAUACCAGACGCAGUCUCUUUGUUCAUCACUUUCCUGGCGAAGUUUGCUUUCCAGGUGGUAAGAUAGACCCGGGAGAGAGUGCAAUUGAAGCCGCUUUUAGAGAACUGAAUGAAGAAGUGGGAAUCCCCUCCCAUUUCGUCGACACCUGGACAAUUUUCGCCCCUGUUCAUACUAGAACAGCACUUAGUCUUAUUUAUCCAAUUGUUGGCUUCGUUGGAAAUUACCAUUCUUCCAAGGAAGUGCUGUGUCGUCAAUCUGAAAGUAUUCGCCUUAAACUGAGUCCUGAAGAGACAGAUAUGGCCUUAUUUCGAUCAAUAAAUUGGUUAUCUGACCCAUCAAAUCGGUGGUAUUGCGUUCAAAGAUAUCCUCCAAGUCUUCCUGCUAGUGGAGUUAACGUCUCGUUUUACGAUAAUUCUCGAAAAACCCAGACGUAUCAAUCUUGCAUCUUUCCAGUUUUUGGCUGCAGGGAUUCGCAAAGAAUUACCGGGGCUACGGCCCUUCUGACUUACCAAUUUCUCAACUGCCUUCUACCUCAAGGUCUUCCUGGAAAUAAAAUUGAAUUUGGAGUUUCUCAUUUUGUAAACUGA